AUGCACUCGACGGAGAUGGGCAUCCGUUCCGGGCGGAGCACCGGCGCCAGCCGCCGGGCCGAUCACCUCCCGCGGCGGACCGUGGAGUCCGCACGGGCUCCCGGGGAUGCCCGCGCACGAUGCUCCAGACUUCGCUCGGUCGUUUCCGAAGCAAGCCGCGGAUGGCCCGUCCUCGAGUCCACCCCCUCUGCUCGAGUCCGACGGGUUCGUGUAGACGGGCGGCGCUGGGAUCGGACCGCCGGGCCGUAG